UAAAAUGGCUUCAUGGCCGCAACGGUUAGCCAUGAAUCAGCCCGAAACCCCCACGCUAAGACGCCAGUGUGCAACAUUGAUGAGGGUGAACCUUCCCCGUAAAGAAGAGACACAGUAAACAAAGUGUUUUCUACUCAAUGUCCGCCAAGGGGACUACAGGUGUUUGUGUUUUGACUCCUUGUGUGGCUUUGCCUCUCAGACACAGUUUAGCAACAGCUCAGCCGUCCUGCAUUAUUCACACGCAGGCGAGUCCACGGAUAAGGUUACCCCGAGACAGUACAGCUGCUGCGUUCGGGUGCCCUUUGCAACACGCUCUCUGUCGGAACGAGCGUAUGAUGACCCGUCAAGUUAACAACAACAACAGCGGAAGGAUGAAGUCGCGAGUAACCAGACUGAGAUGCAAAAGGUUGCAGGAGGUCACAAAAGGUCUCACGGUGGAUGUGGGCGCAUGCAAAUCCACAUGACCGCUCACACCUGAGGGCACACACCAGCACUUGGCAUCUCCUCGCCGAAGGGGCGUCCCGACAAAGAUCGCGUGGCAGCCAAGAUGAGGAUGCACUGCAGGACUCCCAGGACACCGUGACAAUGGGAGCCGCACAAAGGACUACACCGACUCUGUUACUGGCUCUUUUAUUCUCCGUGUGACCCUGGGAACUUACUUACAGGAACUACAAAAACCGACAAGGACUAAGAAGUCACUGUUUUUUUUUUUUUCUGGAUGCAAAUUUUUCAAAAAAUUUCGUGGAACCAAAUGCAAGAAAUCCAUAAAGCAGCCAAGAAGUAAGACCGUUUCAAAUGUAACUUUUAUUAUUUUAAGGCUUUUGCUAAGUCUUGUCAUCAUACUUGAGUGAGCAGUCCAUUUCUGGAGGUUGCAUUCACGGACCGUGGUUUGUUUUUUAGUCUCAUUGUUCCGUAUGGAAAAACCGCCAUAACCACCGUAUUGAAGAACACUAGAAACAACUCCAGGAUGUCUUCACGCGCAUCAACUUGAUUGACGGUGUCACCGCUAUAGAUCCCAUCAUGCCACCCAAAAAGGCUGCCCCGAAACCGGUUGCCAAGAAAGGCAACACCGAGGACGCCAAGAAGGGAGCAAAGGACGCUAAAAAGGCAAGAAAAGAUGACAAGAAAGGAGCCAAGAAAGCGGAGGAGCCAGCCAAGGAGAAAAAGAAACACGGCGGUAAGAAAGGAAAAGGAAAGAAACCCGUCAGUGAGUCAGAAGAAGAGUCUGAAGAAGAAGAAGAGAAGCUCACAAGUGAGGAAGAAGACAGCGACGGAGGUGAAGAAGUCGUGGAGAAGUCAGCAGCAGACACAAAUAAAUCAGCGGAAACGUCAAAGGUGUCUCGUUCUCCAAGUGGUUCUUCGUUGGACGACAAGGACGAGGAGGAGGAGGACAAAGGGAAGCCACCGUUGAAAAAAGGUUUGGGUGCGAUCAACCUGAAAAAGAUGACAGACGUCCAACUGAAGGGAGCCUCCAAAAUCAUGGCGGGGCUCGCCGUCGACGGACAAAAGCAAGAUCCAACGCCGGGAAAGGAGCAGAAGACCGUUAAUGUCAAGAGUCAUCUCCGUGGAGCUUCCAAAGUUCUCAGCGGCCUCAAGGGGAAGUCCUCUCCGUUCAGUAUUCCCACCAAACAAAAGCAACCGGAGAAGACCAAACCAAAGAGAAGCCUGAGGAGCACAUCCACCUUGAUGAUCCCGCUCUCCAAGAAAAAGGACUCGACCCCCGUCGCUUCUGGUAAACCUCCUCUAAGCAACGAACUUGGGUCUAAAUCCACCCCAGAGGACCAAAAGCCAGGUCUAUCGGGUUUUGAACCGGACAUUCCAAGCAAACCGACUACACCUCCUCCCAAAAAGACUAUCGACUUAUCCAGUUUACGGAAAACAAACAUGGCGACGGAAGCCAAGGGAUUGGGAGCCAAGUUCAAAGGCAUGUUCGGGAAAAAGAAAACGCCAUCGGCGUUCAAGACCAGAGGUUGGAUGUUAGCCAGGAUUGCUGCCGCAACCAACUGGUUGACACGCGGGGGCCCGGGUCCAAGGGGUCGCGGUCCACACGGGGCGUGGGCACGGCGUCAUGGACAAAAACGACUCUCAUUCGGGAACAGAGGAACUUUGGCUGGACCGACACAUUAUGACAAUCAAACCCCAGAUUAUUUUAACGAUGACGAGUAUGGAUCUGAUGAUGAAGACCAUAACGGACAGCAAGAAGACUAUGAAUAUUUUGAUGAUGAAGAUGAUAAUAAUGAAUGGGAAAAUGAAUACGGAUACUAUGAUGAAUAUGGAAACUUUUAUCCUGAUGAUGACUUUUAUUAUAGUAGCGAUGCGGACUAUGACCCGUACAACUAUGACGAUUAUGAAUAUUAUGACGGUAUUGAACAUGUGGAGUAUUACUAUGGCGAUGAUGGAAAGCUGUAUGCCAUCGUGCAGGAGCCGUUCAAUCACCACGGUGAUGAUGUCACGGACUUCUACGAUCCGUAUGAUUCCGAGAUGUACACAAAUGACUUGGAUCUUAGUCCGGGUUCGAACUAUAUGACGGCGAAUCCUUACGGUAGUUACGAUGUGUAUCAAGAUCAAAUCCACGGAUACACAGAAGUUGGCGUUCGUACUCCGUACCAGGAACCGUACUACGAUGUUGGCGUGUUGGCGCCAACGGAAACCGAAACCGUUUACAGACAGGAACAGUUCGUUGAUGCUAGUUCAUAUCCCGAGCAGUUCAGGGUCCCCAGGCCGCAGGUUAGAUUAUUCGGAAAAGAAAGGAUGGAGGUAGAAACUCUGCCACCACCUCCUCCUCCAUCUCCAUCUCCAAUGUUUUCAUCUCCGUCUCCAGGGUUCGAGAUGAGAAACCAGGGUGAUCAGUUUUUUCCUGCAGAACCGUCUUUUCAAACUGCAAUAAACCAGCAAGUCCCUGUUCGACUCGAGUACAUGCGGAUAGCGCCACCUCCUCAGUUGUCAGCAUCUGCGUUACAGUUUGCUAACAAAGUGAAUAACGCCCCAAAUAAUAACCAUAAUCCAUCCCUGGUAAAUAUGGCUCAAAUGCCACCAACAGUCCAACAAACGCAGAAUAUUUCACUGGCGCAUCCGCCAUUUUAUCCGCCGCUGGACUUAUCAAAGCCGACGUAUGGACCUCCAGCUUCUUCAUCCUCACAGAGACCAGGAAUUAAUUCACCAGAUCACAUGGAGCUACAAACACACAUCCAGCCUAACCACUUCCCCCCUCAUUUCCACAGGAAAGGCUUCACUUACCAAACCCCAAUUGCAAGUCCAGGACUAACUUCUCCACAGGGACUACCGAGGUCUUCUCCUUCUCCACAAUUCCAUAGAAAAAGAGUCCCAGUUGCAGCCCAAGCGCCCUCAAGAACCGUGACAGGCGGAAUCAGGCUGGAAAGAGCUCAGGUUCAAUCCCCGCUUCCAAGCCCAGCGGCAUCACCGAGAGGAUCUCUGAGGAUUCGACAAGGCCGACAUCCUGAUCCGACAUUUUCUCCCACUCCGAGAGCAGUCAAUGUUCCGUCAACCAGACGUUUAUUCCAAAGUGGGAAACAAAGGUCCGACGUCAGGCAUUCAUCUUCUCCAACUCCGUUGUCUUCACCAAGAGAAAGCCCUCCUCUAUCCGAGAGAGUGCCGUCCCCACAUCAGACUGUUGACCCCGCCUCCAUCUGUCAUAAUCCCUCCCCUUCCCAAUCACGCAACACCAGUCGCCCCUUCCCGACUCGCUCCUCUACUCGCAAGUCGAGAGGUGGUCUCGCAAGUCAAAGUCAUGUCCCCAUGGGGGCCGUGAAACCCUCCCCAGCUGACCAUUACCCAAGAAGACGAAGUAGGCGCGGACCCCCUGUAACUCAACAUGUGGCCCCAUUCAGGUCCUCCAUUCACAGUAGUCCGGGUUCUUCCUCAGGACAAAUGAAGGGUGUCGACGGAGUGCCUUUGUUAUCCAGGAAAGGCUCUCGGUCCCGGGAUUCCAAACCACAAGCAAGUUUCCAAAGACCGAUAGGUCGAGGACAGCCAUUGGUUCGUAUGCCCAGAAACCAGGGCUCCAUUUCACUUAGACAGUCAUUCAGAGCACCGCCCCCUCGACCGCAGAAUCAGGGUGGCUCUUUUUCUCCCCGUCCGUCGGGGAAUAUCGAACUGCGAUAUCCGCGACCAUUUCAGCAGUCAUCGACCGUGCCCUUAUAUUCAGCCUAUCCGAAAAAACAGGGAUUGUAUCCGCAGUCCAACCAGCCUCAUCGGACUACGAGUCCCCAGAAUGUAGGAGCGACAUCUUUUCAAAGUUCAGUACCGUACCCAAUUCCUGCACCCUCACAGACUAUGCAUCAAUUGGACUACGCAAUUAGUAAUCUGCAAGUCGUAGGCGCCCCAUUUCUACCCACCCAACCCCCUUCUCACCUCGAUGCCACCCAACAUACCCACCCCAUGACACAAACACAGCAAGAGUUCUACCUUCAAAAUCCAUUGGUUAACAAUGUCAAGAAAACUCCACCCCCCAUAUCUCCUGGGGCAAAAGCGGGUGUUGUCCAGGACGGUGGGCAGGUCAGUCAAAAUUCCGUCCAUCCAUGUCAAUCAAAGUCUGGGACGCAGGACAUGCAAAGUACUUCCUACUCGUCGCCCCCGCAACCCAAUGCUAAUCUAAAUACAUCCUUUUUCUCACCCCCUCAUCCGGCCGCCCCUAAUGCCACAUCUAUCCCGUACCCAUCACAUUUAUCCGGUAUCCGGUAUCCCCAUCAGCGACACCUCUCUCCCGUUGUUCACGCCUCUCCGCCGCAUCAGACUGCCGGGGUUCAGACCUCACAAAUGCAAGGAUCCACGCUUCAACUCCAUGGUGACCCCUUGACGAUGACCCAAAACCCAGUUGAGACCCAGUUUACCACCGUUGGAGGUCCAAAGCAGUCACCCCCUCUGCUCUCCAAUGCGAUCCAGAACCCGAGCUUACACCACGCCUCCUACCAACUACCCGACGGCACUAUUGUCAACAGAAGCGAACCCGCGGCGUCUUCUUCCGGACAAUCCCUUUCCUCCCCGAUGUUGUCGUCCGCCUUACUUAAUCCCCACUCUAAGUUAUCGAACAACCGACUGACCAGUUCAGAGCCAACGUCUGCUACCGGAGCUCCAUCGCCGAUGCUUUCUUCUGCGCUACUGAAUCCCAAAAUGAGCAAAGCUGCAUACAAACUGCCCAAUGGCACUUCAAUUACAAGAAAUCAACCACCGUCUGAUAUUGUCCAACCAUCCUCUCCCGUGCUCUCAACUGCUCUUCUCAAUGAUAACGUCCGAAAGGCCUCCUAUCGACAACUUCAAGGUUCAAUUCUAGUUAAUAAGAAGGAAGGGACGCAGAAUCCGGAAAAUCCUGCCCAGAUGCUACCUGAAGGAUCAUCGCUUCCACUGACGCAACCUCAAGCUUUAACAUCAGGGUCCUCGGGGCCCAUCCUCUCUGGUGCCUUGCUGAACACCAAUAUCCGCGGUGCCUCUUAUAGACUCCCAAACUUAUCACCGUCGAGGCAAACUGGUCCCACAGUGGCUCCAUCGGUAGACCUCUCCAGUGCUCUUCAAAACCAGAACGUCAGCCGCUCGACCUACCGUUUACCAUCCAGCGUUUUGGUGACACGCCAGCAGUCCCCACUUCAAAAAGUCGACCUCUCGAGUGCUUUGUCGAAAAAGCCAAACAUCCGGGAGGCAAAUUUGCGUCUACCCAAUGGCAACAUCAUGCCUCGACUCGGUGCCCCUCGCGGCCCGGAGCCCCGCUCAUUAGACCUCUCUCGUGCCCUACAGAACCCAGUCCUCCAGGGCGCGACUUACCGACUACCCUCCACAUGUGCUGUGGUAUCACCCCAGGUCCAGGAUUCUGACCCGGAACAACACUGGGCUCGUGACCCUGGAGUUGAAACCUUAGACCCGCAGCGUGAUAUGGAUGUGUGGGGUGCAGAGAAGGUCUUACCUCAUGGGACGGUACAAAACCUCAAUAAGUGGUCUAUGUAUAAAGACGAGAAGAUACUGGACCACCAUGACUUGAUGGAGCAGAAAAAGAGGGGACAUAAUCCGGGAGUUUGUAAUCUCAGCAGGGAGGGGGAACCUCAGGGUGCCUGGUUUGACAAGAUGUACUCGAUCAGAUGCCUGCCCACAGUGGCUCACCGAGAGCAACGUGAAGAAGAUGGAGUGGAGGACAUGACACAACUGGAGGAAAUGCAUGAAGAUGCUGUCCUUCGCAAUCUGAGGAAAAGGUUCGAACGGGAGUUUAUUUACACAUACAUAGGUAGCAUUGUGGUUUCCGUCAACCCUUAUAAGAUGUACAACAUCUAUGGGACAGACAUGGUGCUGCAGUACAAGGGACACUCUCUGGGCGAGAACCCCCCACAUUUAUUUGCUAUAGCAAACGCUGCUUAUUCCAAGAUGAUUGAUGCCAAACAUAACCAGGUGAUAAUAAUCAGUGGGGAGAGCGGUUCUGGGAAAACAGAGGCCACCAAACUAGUCCUUCGCUACCUUGUAGCUUUACAUCACACAAGUAAUCUUGCCCAACAGAUACUUGAGGCCGCUCCUCUGCUGGAGUCUUUUGGAAAUGCCAAAACUGUACGCAACGAUAACUCCAGUCGCUUCGGGAAACACAUGGAAGUCUUUCUGGAGGACGGUGUGAUCAACGGUGCCAUAACGUCUCAGUAUCUUCUGGAAAAGUCUCGCAUCGUCUUCCAGGCCAAAGAUGAGAGGAACUAUCACAUAUUCUACGAGAUGCUGGCAGGUCUUCCGUCACAGCAGAAGCAGACCUUCUACCUUCAGGAGGCUGAGACCUACUAUUACCUCAACCAGGGAGGGGAUUGUGGGAUCGCAGGAAAAGAUGAUGCAGAAGACUUCCAGCGUCUGCUCGCCGCCAUGGAGAUUCUUCAUUUCAGUGCAGACGACCAGUCGGCCAUCUUUAGAGUUCUGUCUUCCAUACUGCAUCUGGGCAACGUCUACUUUCAGAAAUAUCAGGCCGACGGCCAGGAGGUGGCGACAGUGGUGAGCGCCCAGGAGAUCAGGGUGGUAGCUGAGCUGUUGCAGAUCUCUCCGGAAGGCCUUCAGAAAGCCAUCACCUACAAAGUCACGGAGACGAUGAGGGACAAGAUUUACACCCCACUGACUGUGGAAAGCGCUGUAGAUGCCAGAGAUGCUGUUGCCAAGAUCUUGUACUCGCUGCUCUUUCACUGGUUAACGGAGAGGAUCAACACUCAGGUGUAUCCUCACCAACACGCCCUCUCCAUCUCCAUCCUGGACAUUUACGGAUUUGAGGAUCUAACAUACAACAGCUUUGAGCAACUCUGCAUCAACUACGCCAACGAGUACCUGCAGUUCUUCUUUAAUAAGAUCAUUUUCAGGGAGGAACAGGAGGAGUACAGCAGGGAGCAAAUACCCUGGCAGGAUAUUCUCUUUAAUGACAACCAACCCUGCAUCGACCUCAUCGCCGCAAAGCCUCAUGGGAUACUGAGAAUUCUGGAUGACCAGUGCUGCUUCCCACAGGCGACGGAUCACACUUUUCUCCAAAAGUGUCACUAUCACCACGGCAACAACCCACUGUACGUGAAGCCAAAGAUGCCCCUCCCCGAGUUCAGCAUCAAGCAUUUUGCUGGACGUGUCAGCUAUCAGGUGUACAAGUUCCUGGAUAAAAACUACGACCAGGUCCGUCAAGAUGUCCUGGACUUGUUCAUACAGAGCAGGAACAAGAUGGUGUCGAAUCUUUUCCUGGACCACGCAGGGGUCAUGGGUCAGCAGAAAGGAGGUCACACGCGCAACAGCAGCACCGUCACCAGGAAGUAUCAAGCAUCCACCGUGAGCAGCAAGUUCCAGCAGUCGCUGCUCGAGCUGGUGGACAAGAUGGAGAGGUGCAACCCCUUUUUUGUGCGCUGCAUUAAGCCAAAUAACACAAAGCAUCCAGGUGCGUUUGAGGACGACUUGGUCAAAGGUCAGCUGCGACACUCGGGUAUCAUGGAGACCAUCAGGAUCCGUAAAGAAGGAUACCCUGUCAGGAUGCCAUUCUCUGUCUUCCUGUUUAGAUACAAAUCCCUGGUGGGAAUUCAGCAUCUUCCAGCAGCAAAUGGAGCCAAUUGCGUGACGCUACUGGGUAAACUGUGUCCUCUCACACCAGGAGACUACCAUGUGGGGGUCACAAAGUUGUUUGUGAAGGAGGCCAUCUACCAGUUGCUGGAGUGCAAGCGCGAGCGCAGCCGCCAGCUUGCGGCGCUCACCCUGCAGCGUUCCGCUCGCAUGUACUUUGUCAGGAAACGCUACGUGGAGUUACGCGACGUGAUCAUCAGGCUGCAGGCGCAUUGCAGAGGCUUUCUCACAAGACGGCACUAUGUGAAAAUGAGAAGCAGCCUGGUUCGUUUCCGAUCCCUCGUCCACUUAUACGUCAGCCGUAAACGAUACGUCAAGAUGAGGGUGGCGGCCCAGAGAAAAGCCGAGGAGGAAAUGAAGAAGAGAGAGAUGGAUCUGAUGAAGAGGGAGGUGGUGAAUGUUACACACUUGGUGAUCCCGGCGGAGCUCGGUACUCUCCUUCAAGCAGCAGCAGUCAGGAGAGAGUUGCACUACGACUGCUUGGCUUUGCUCCAGGCUCCUCAUAUCCAGGAGUCCUCCUCCAGUCAACUCACUCUGCCUCUGGACAUCAACAAUUACCCUUUCUACCGCUACGUGCUGAGCUACUUCAGAGAACCCAAGUUUGGGAUGUUAACGGCACCCUUGGAGACGCCUCUCACCUGCGUGGAUGAGAACCUGAAGGGAGAAGCUCUGCAGCUUUUCAACAUGAUAUUACGCUUCAUGGGCGACCCGCACCUGAAUGGCGCACAGGAGAACAUGUUUGGCAAUUACAUCAUCCAGAGAGGUCUGUCAUGUCCCGGGUUACGGGAUGAGAUCCUGGCUCAGGUUGUCAACCAGGUGUGGAGGAACGUCAACGCUGACAAUGCGGAGAGAGGCUGGCUGCUGAUGCUUGCAUGCGUGUGCAGCUUUGCUCCGUCACCACAGAUGGACAGAUAUCUGCUCAAGUUUGUUUCUGACCACUCCCCUGUUGGUUGCCAAGCGUUGCUGCAACACCGACUCAUCCAAGCCAACGAGAAGAUGCAGCUAAGCCCAGGCCCGGCCUCAGAGGCAGCACGAACCUAUCCGCUGUCUUUGCUGGAGUGGACGGCUAACAGGAAAAAAGCUAACAUGGUGUUACAUCUGCAUUGUUUUGAUGGCGUGUCCUUCCUGUGCCCGGUCCACUCCUGGACCAGUGGGGAGGAUUUAGGAGGCGAUGUUCUUCGCCACAGGGGCGUGUCGGACUGGUGGAGGGGGGGUUCCGUCCUCAUGAAGGAGCACGGCCAGUGGGUGGAGUUAGCGGGUCACGACUACGUCAUGGACCUGAUUGCAGACCUGGAGCUUCCGAACGACUUCCCCAAACAGAAGAGCUACUUCAUCAUCAGUACUGACGACCCCGCAAGGGUCCGAGCCAACGCCAGCCUAACUUUGUUUGGCAGCGGCUUCGACUCAGAUGACGAACUUCCACCUUCGCUUCCUCCGAGCAGAGGCUGCAGACCAGCCUACAGCCUGUCUGACUCUGAUGGAUACCACAGCCAUGUCGAGUCCGACGCCUUCAGUGAUGGUCAGACCCAGAGAGGAAUGGACCGCUACUUGGACAGCUUGUUCGAUCCCGUGCUGUCAGACAGCGGCAUCGACGUGGAAAAGACUGGAAGCUUGGCAGCAAGGAUGAAGGGAGGGGGAGGUAUUGGCAUCCCAGGGGGAGGAAGAGGAGACGGGGAGAGAGCGUAUCCACCUGGAAUACACCCUGGAGGAACGGAGCAGGCGGUUCUGACUCAACAGCAGCAGGCUAUCAUCAACCAGCAAGCCAUCAUUCUGGCCCAGCAGAUGACCAUGCAGGCCAUCGCCAUCCAGCAGCAGAUGAUGUCGUCCUUCCCUUCCUCGCCGUCGCCACCACUCCAGUAUUACAUGCCCUCGCCGCAACUCUCUCGCACGCCGAGCCCUACUAAAGAGAGAGAGGAUUCACCCACAAGAUCCAGCCCUCAGCGCAAAAUGAGUCCAACACGAGGCGCCCCUCCAGAAGACGUGGUCCGGUCUAGUGUUAGCAACACCGAGCGCAUGGAGCCCAGCCAUGAUAUCAAAGACAUCAUCAAACAACACCAACCCUCCACCGUGUCCUCCUGUGGACCCUCCAUAAGACGGAAAGACGACGGAAAGUUUGUGAAGAAGCCAGACCCCCAUGAUGAAGCCAUGGAGAUCCUCAAAGACCAGAUGGCCAACCCCCCUCCACCGACUCAGAAGAAGUCGCAGUCUUUUCAUCAAAAAGACGAGAGAGGAGUUACCAAAAACGAUUCUGCUGGACCAACGAGCUCCAUCACAGGCCCCGCCCAUCCUCCAGUCUGCAGAGAGCUACCGGUAGAAAAUGAAAUCAUCCAGACCAAACUCCACAGUAGGACCAGUGAUGAAUAUUACACCUACACCAACAUUCCCUGGAAACUCUACCUGAGGAAGGAGGUGUUUUAUCCCAAAGAGACCCUCAACGACCCACUGAUGUUGGACCUGAUCUUCAAACAGAUCGUACAUGAUACCUUCUCUGAGGCCUGCAUUCGUAUCACUCAAGAGGAACGACAGAAGAUGAAAACUCUCUUAGCUGAAAACCGGGUGGAUCAGGUUUCAGGAACCCACAAUGAAAAUGUGAAGAAGAAGGUGGUUGCCAUGGCAAGAGACUCAUGGGAGAUCUACUUCUCUCGCCUUUUCCCAGCCUCAGGCAGUGUUGGAACAGGAGUGCAGGUCCUCUCCGUGUCCCAUCAAGGCAUCAAGCUGCUCAAGUUGGUGAGGAGCAGCUCCAAUGCUCCGGAUUACUUCAGAGUACUGCGACCUUACAGCUACUCGGAUAUCCUGUUCUUGUCCAUUCCGUCCAAGAACAUGCUGGAGUUCAAUCUAGUCAACGAGAAGCUCAUACUGUUUUCCGCUAAAGCCCCGCAAGUCAAAAGCAUGAUCGACGACUUCCUCACAGAGAUUAAGAAGGACUCCGAGUACGUGGUGGCGGUGAGGAAUUACAUCAACGAGGACAGGACGCUCCUCAGCUUCCACAAAGGUGACAUCAUGAGACUGCAGCGUAUGGAUGGCCUGGCGGCGGGAAAAAGUUACGGAUGCAUCGUGAAGAAAAAGGUGAUGCUGCUGGAAGAACUCAAGAGAGACACGCCUGACUUUGGCUGGCGGUUCGGGGCAGUGUACGGGACGUCUGGGGUUUUCCCCAGUGAAUACGUUCGACCCGUGGCCGCUCCGGACUUCCUGCUUCUGCCAACCGAGAGGGCGGAGCCUCGUGACCGACAGGGACGAGUUGCCGCUUCAGCUGCUGUUGCCGUAGCGAUGGGCUCAUCCAUCGCUGCCCAAGAGCUGGACCUCUCCACCGAGGUCGUGAAGGACACGCAUGUGGACAGCCCAGGCGAGGACCUGGAUGAUCUGAUCCAGUAUGGCAGCCAGUACCACAUGAUGGAAUUUGCCAAGAGAUACUUCAGAGAGGCUCAGAGAAACAGGAACGAUCCCAAAGCCAGGAAGGGAAAGGAGUGCAGGGAGCCGGCUGAUAUGAUCAAAUUCUCCAAGUCUGUUCUCCAGGAGUCUCUGAUCGAGUUCUCAGACAACGCUAUGAACCGAGUGGCUGCUGACAUCUCGUCAGCCAUCAUGAAGUUUAUGGGAGACCUGCCAAUGAAAGGUCAAACUGAACAGGACCUCGUCACGGUUAUACUGAAAUUGAGCGCCGAUCACGGCCUGAUGAAGGACGAAGCGUACUGCCAAGUGAUGAAGCAAGUCACUGCCAACAACAGCACCAAACCAGAUAGCUGUCAGAGAGGAUGGAGGCUCUUGUACAUCCUGACCGCGUUCCAUCGCUGUUCCCACGUUAUGAAGCCAUUCCUCUUCAGCUUUCUACACGACGCCUGUGUCGGCAUUGGACUGCAGUACCAAGGUAUCGCCAAGGCAUGCGAGCAGAAUCUGAGGAAAACAUUUCAGUAUGGAGGACGUGUACAGUAUCCCAACACCAUGGAACUCAAAGCCAUGAUGGCUGGGCGGAGCUCCAAAAGGCAGCUCUUCCUGUUGCCGGGCGGGAUGGAAAGACAUUUGAAAAUCAAGACAUGCUCUGUUGCUUUGGAUGCCAUUGAGGAGCUUUGCUAUGAAAUGGAUUUGCACAGAGUGGAAGCUUUGGAUGAAUAUGCCAUCUUUUUGGUCACACACAGAGGUCAAAAUGUACGCCCCCUCAACAAGCGAGAGUACAUCCUGGACGUUGCCACGGAAGCAGAACCAGUCGAUGCCAAUUACAGUCUUUGGUUCAGAAGAGUCAUCUGGAGUCUGGCUUUGAAACUUGAUAAUGAACUUUACGUUACCAUGCAUUAUAACCAGGUGUUGCCGGAUUACCUGAAGGCCUUGCUGAGUGUGGUCCCUCAGGGAAAGGCGAGCGAACAACACCUCCAGCAGAUCGCCAGACUGGCUGCCCUACAGCACCGUGCCAAAGACACCACGUAUCUGCCCACCAUACGCGAGUUGCAGGAGUGUGUCCCGCCACAGUUCUACAGCAAACAGAAUCCACAGCAGUGGCUCAAUAUGGCGACUCAACAUAUGCAACAGGUCCAGCCCCUAAACCCACACCAGUCCCGUGCACAGUUCCUCGGUCUGGUCAGUGCCUUCUCCAUGUUUGGCUCAUCCUUCUUCUACAUCCAGAGUUCCAGCUCAGCCUCCAUUAAGGCUCCGUGCAUACUGGCGGUCAAUCUUAACGGACUCCACUUUCUCAACAAAGACACCCACGAGGCCAUGAUGCGUUUCCCUUUAAAAGAGAUCCAGUCGACCCGGACCCAGAGGCCCACUUCAGGCUCCAGUUACCCGUAUGUAGAGCUCUUGAUUGGAGACCUGCUCAGCCAGCGAGUCACACAGCUUCAACUGGAGCAGGGUUUGGAGCUUUGUCGAGUGGUCGCCAUGCACAUGGAGAACAUGCUGUCGGUCAGAGAGAAGAGACUCACGUUGCCACCAAGUGAAAUAACCCUACUGUAGUAGACGUACCAUAGAGUACACACACACACACGGUGUAUUAGUACACGCGUCUCACCUGGCUAUGGAUCAAAUGUACACGGUAUCUCACAAACAUUCUCACAUUUCAGUACCCAUACUCCCAAUUCUCACAGCUUGAGUCGAGGCGUUCAUGCACACUGCGUAACUCUGUGUCAUGCUUUCACCACAAGGUGGUCAUGCAGUUUUUUUUUUUUUUCCAGUUUGAUUAUUUUUUUGUAGUACCCCCAUGACAGAAGUGUCUGCAGCUUGUAUAGCACGGUGUUGUAUUUUUUUUUUUCAUUUUUUGUAGUACCCCCAUGACAAGAGUCUAGCUUGUAUAGUAUAUUGUUUUUUUUUCUUUUUUUUGUAGUACCCCCAUUUUUUUCAUUUUUAUUUUUUUGUAGUACCCCCAUUUUUUUCAUUUUUAUUUUUUUGUAGUACCCCCAUUUUUUUUCAUUUUAUUUUUUGUAGUACCCCCAUGACAAAAGUGCACGCUGUUUUUUUUCACUUCGAUUUUUUUUCGAAAGUAGCCCCAUUUUUUUUCAUUUUUAUUUUUUGUAGUACCCCCAUGACAACUGUCUGUAGCUUGUAUAGCACGCUGUUUUUUUUUUCCAUUUUUAUUUAUAUUUUUUGUAGUACCCCCAUGACAAGUAUCUGUAGCUUGUAUAGCACGCUGUUUUUUUUUUCAUUUUUAUUUUUUUUGUAUUACCCCUAUGAUUUUUUUUAAAUUUUUUUGUAGUACCCUCAUGACAAUUGUCUGUAGCUUGUAUAGCACGCUGUUUUUUUAUUUUUAUUUUUUUGUAAUACCCCCAUGACAAGUGUCUGUAGCUUCUAUAGCAUGUUGUUUUUUUUUGUUUUUUUUUGUAGUACCCCCAUGACAAAAGUGCACGCUGUUUUUUUUUUUCAGUUAGAAUUUUUUUUGUAGUAGCCCCAUUUUUUUUAAUUUUUAUUUUUCUGUAGUACCCCCAUGACAGCUGUCUGUAGCUUGUAUAGCACGCUGUUUUUUUUCAUUUUAAUUUUUUUUGUAUUACUCCUAUGUUUUUUAUUUUUAUUUUUUUAUAGUACCCUCAUGACAAAAGUGUCUGCAGCUUGUAUAGCACGCUGUUUUUUUUUAAUUUUGAUUUUUUUUUUUUUGUAAUUUUUUUUUCUUGUCUGCAGCCUCCACUGCCUCCAAAUCUCCACUGCUAUACCAGCUGCACACUGACUACUCUAAAGUAGGUUUCAUUUCCAUAGUAUAGACCCUUGAGAAGACAUACUGUAUCCAAUUCCCUCCUUUCUCGGUACGUACAUGAUGAUAGAACACCCUGCACUGUUCCACUCAUGGUCACACACUAGUGAGUCAAACGUCCAUGGUGCUGCUGUGAGGCAACGCGAGUCAAAAGUGGAAGUGAGAUCGUAUUGUCAGGCUUGAAUGAAUGUUCUUGACACAGGUUGGACCCACGGCCUUUUUACUCGAGUUCCUGUUUUUCCAUGCUCGAUUUGUCAGGGAUUAGGAUGAGUAGGGAUUCCUUUUCUGGUGAAUAGAAUGCUUUGACUUGCAUUUCAGAAGCUCCGCUUUUAAGAUCUCUGCUGCGGUCGCUGCCAACUGUUGUUUCCUGCGGAGUUUACCCUUGCAAAGAUGAGUAUGGAGUGUGUAGAAUGCAUUCCAAGUGUUUUUAUAUACAAUAUGUGUAUGCAUGGGGGUUGAAAACCAUCCAAUAGUUACAUUAAGUUGCUUUACCAGAUCAGAUUGGAAAGAAAAUUGUUUUUUCUUGCAAGGCACAUAUCAGAAUGCAUAUUUUGUCAACAUUUGACAAUUUGCACACAAUAUUUCUAUGUAAAAUGUGACUGUAAAUAAGUGUUGUAUAGAAUAAGUUUGUGAAUUCAUUAAAACUU